AUGGCUGCGUCAACUGGUCCUCGGAAUGGGAAACACGCCAAACAUGCCCAGCGACCCUCUAAUUUAAAACGCAAACGGGUUCAGGAAGAUCUCUCGUCGCUUGUGCAGCGGGUAGAAGAUAUCGAUCUCAAAGGAACAUACGAAUCAUUCUCGGAUCUGCCCAUCUCGGAACCGACCAUAUCGGGACUUACCUCGUCUCAUUUCAAGACCCUCACCGACAUUCAGUCUCGUGCAAUCAGCCAUGCCCUCAAGGGUCGCGAUGUGCUUGGAGCUGCGAAGACGGGCAGUGGGAAAACCCUGGCCUUCUUGGUCCCCAUACUCGAGAAUCUGUAUCGCAGACAAUGGUCCGAACACGAUGGUCUAGGCGCCUUGAUCAUUUCCCCGACGCGCGAAUUGGCUAUUCAGAUUUUCGAGGUUUUGAGGAAAAUCGGUCGGUAUCACACCUUCUCUGCCGGUCUUGUGAUUGGAGGCAAGAGUCUGCGGGAGGAGCAGGAAAGACUGGGACGGAUGAACAUUUUGGUCUGUACGCCAGGCCGCAUGCUCCAGCAUCUCGAUCAGACGGCAUUUUUUGAAACUCACAACCUACAAAUGUUGGUGUUGGAUGAGGCGGAUCGAAUCAUGGACAUGGGUUUCCAGAAGACAGUCGACGCCAUUAUUGGACACCUGCCGCCCAAUCGCCAGACCCUUCUUUUCAGCGCUACGCAGACGAAGAAGGUUUCCGAUUUAGCACGACUUAGCCUUCAGGACCCCGAGUAUGUAGCCGUUCACCAAGCCGCCUCUUCGGCUACCCCUUCCAAACUUCAGCAGCAUUAUGUCCUUACACCCCUUCCCGAAAAACUCGAUAUCUUGUGGAGUUUCAUCCGAAGCAACCUGAAAACCAAAACCAUUGUGUUCUUAUCGUCAGGGAAACAGGUCCGGUUCGUCUACGAGUCCUUCCGUCAUAUGCAACCCGGGAUUCCUUUGCUCCAUCUUCACGGUCGUCAGAAGCAGGGAGGACGACUCGAUAUCACCACUCGCUUUUCGCAGGCACAACAUGCAGUCCUUUUUGCUACGGAUGUUGCUGCCCGUGGCUUGGAUUUCCCCGCGGUCGACUGGGUGAUUCAAAUGGACUGCCCUGAGGAUGCGGAUACCUAUAUUCACCGGGUUGGACGGACUGCCCGAUACGAGCGCGACGGCCGUGCUGUGCUGUUCCUGGACCCGAGUGAGGAAAAGGGAAUGCUAAGACGCCUCGAGCAAAAGAAGGUCACGGUCGAACGGAUCAAUGUCAAAUCGAACAAACAGCAAAGUAUCAAGCACCAGUUGCAGAACAUGUGCUUCAAAGACCCUGAGCUCAAAUAUCUUGGACAGAAGGCAUUCAUUUCAUACGUAAAGUCUAUCUAUGUUCAGAAGGACAAGGAAACUUUCAACCUCAGAGAGCUCAAGCUGGAUGACUUUGCCACUAGCAUGGGUCUUCCCGGUGCGCCUCGUAUCAAGUUCAUCAAGGGAGACGAUACCAAGGAACGCAAGAAUGCAUCUCGGGCGACCGCCUACACGUCGAGCGAUGACGAAUCGGAUGAAGAUGGAGAAAAGAAGAAGGCCAAGAAGGAGCCACAAGUACGGACCAAGUACGACCGUAUGUUUGAGAGGCGGAACCAGGAUGUGCUGGCUGAUCACUACUCGAAACUUAUCAAUGACGACGGGACAAUCGCGGAGCCUCCCAAGGCCACAGACGACGCAGAUGAAGACAACGAUUUCCUGUCGGUUAAGCGGCGCUUCGAAGCUGGCGAUGAUGCUCUGGGCGCCAAGUCCGAAUCUGACUCGGAGGAUGAUGAAGAAGAAGACGACGACGACGACGACGACGACGACGACGACAAGACAUCCACAAAGGGAGCCAAGGUGGUACAGCUUAACGGUAAAGAAACCCUCGUCAUCGACUCCAAGCGCCGUGAGAAGCUGCUCAAAUCGAAAAAGAAGCUUCUCAAAUACAAGGGCAAGGGGUCAAAGCUUAUCUUCGACGAAGACGGCAACGCCCACGAGCUUUACGAAAUGGAGGACGAAGAAGCUUUCAAGGCUCGCGGCGACGCCAAAGACCAACAAGCCCGGUUCCUGGCGGAGGAAACGCAACGCACCCAAGUCGCAGAUACAGAGGACAAGGAGAUUGCCCGACAGAAGAAGCGCGAAAAGAAGGAGAAGCGCAAGGCCCGCGAACGCGAGCUUAUCGCUGCAGAAGAAGAAGAAGAGGAGGAGGAGAAGGCCGUGGCUCAACUCGUCCCAUACGAGGAAGACGGCGAUUUCUCUGCCUCAUCAGAGGGAGAAAGAGACCGUCGCAGCAAGCGACCAAAGGUACGCACAGAAGAGGAGAAGCCAGAGCCGUGGUACAAGCAGUCCAAGAGACCCGCAGCAAAGGAAUCAGCCGGGAUCCAGACUUUGGAGGAUCUGGAAUCGCUGGCUACGGGAUUACUGGGGUGA